AUGUAUAGACAAUUAGCUCACAGAUCAUCUCCAAUUGUUCCAAGAUUCACUAGAAGUUAUAUCGCUGGUCAAUUCACCGGUAAAAAAAAUGCCAAUGGUAAAUAUACUGUCACUUUAAUUGAAGGUGAUGGUAUUGGUGUUGAAAUCUCUCAAGCCGUUAAAGAUAUCUACGCUGCUGCCAAAGUUCCAAUUGAAUGGGAACCAGUUGAUGUUACUCCUUUAUUAAUUGAUGGUAAAACUACUUUACCUCAACAAGCUGUUGAUUCCGUUAAUAAGAAUUUAGUAGCUUUAAAAGGUCCAUUAGCUACCCCAGUUGGUAAAGGUCAUACUUCUAUGAAUUUAACUUUAAGAAGAGCCUUCAACUUAUUUGCCAAUGUUCGUCCAUGUAAAUCAAUUGUUGGUUAUGAUACUCCUUAUGAAAAUGUUGAUACUGUUUUAAUUAGAGAAAAUACUGAAGGGGAAUAUUCUGGUAUUGAACAUACUAUUGUUCCAGGUGUGGUUCAAUCUAUUAAAUUAAUUACUAGACCAGCUUCUGAAAAAGUUAUUAGAUAUGGUUUUGAAUAUGCUAAAUCCAUUAAUAAACCUCAUAUUUUAGUGGUUCAUAAAGCUUCAAUUAUGAAAUUAUCUGAUGGAUUAUUCGUUAAUACUGCUAAAGAAAUCGCUAAAGAAUAUCCUGAUGUUAAAUUAUCUUUUGAAUUAUUAGAUAAUACUUCAUUAAAAUUAACUCUUGAUCCAAAUGAUUAUAAAGAUGUGGUUAUGGUUAUGCCAAAUUUAUAUGGUGAUAUUAUGUCUGAUUUAUCAUCCGGUUUAAUUGGUGGUUUAGGUUUAACUCCAUCUGGUAAUAUGGGUAACAAAGUUUCUAUUUUCGAAGCUGUUCAUGGUUCUGCUCCAGAUAUUGCUGGUAAAGGGUUAGCUAAUCCAACUGCUUUAUUAUUAUCUUCAUGUAUGAUGUUAAGACAUAUGUCCUUAAAUGAAGAUGCUGAUAGAAUUGAAAAAGCUGUUUUAAAGACUAUUGCUUCUGGUCCAGAAAACAGAACUGGUGAUUUAAAGGGUACCGCUUCAACUUCUCAUUUCACUGAAAAAGUUAUCUCAAACUUAUAA